GGGGAAAAGAGAGCAGCGGCAGCGGCCGUAUCCAUAUUUUGUUGGGUAUUUGCUUUGAUGUCAACGAAAUCAUCGUUGUCUGGCGGCAGCGGCGUGUGGACGUCUGUGUCUGCGCACAGCAUCGCCGAGGGGCUCAUUGCCGACCAUGAGAGGGCAAAGGAGGAGAAAAGGAGAGUGGCGGAAAAGGCCAAAGCAACCGCCAACCAGGCCAGGGUGUGCACGAUCUCACCAACUUCACAUCCACACACACCUCACCUCUGUCUAUGGCCAUCUAUCCAAAUUUGUAUCAGGAUGUGUUGUCGGAUCCUUCUCUGUCAGCCUCGCCGGCCGACCCUUUGCGCCAGGUGACCGACAUCAACUACCAGAAGUUCGACCGCAUGGCCAAGUCCCUCACCGACGCCGAGAAGGCCGAGGAGGAGGCAAAGCAGAUGAAGGCCAUGGCGCAACGGCAGAUGCUCUCCUGCUCCCACGACCACUCCAAGGAGCGGCAGAUCUAUGAGAAGCCGACAGAGGAGAAGAUCAAGGCUGCAGAGAGGUGAGGGCGUCCAUCGUUGAGUGCACUCAGGUGGUACCUAGGUGUGAAAUGAGUGUUUGUGGCUGUGUGUGUGUGUGUUGGCGAGUAGGUUUCGCGAGGAGGGCAACAUUGCCUUCCGCAACCGCAACUAUGGCCUCGCUGCCACCCACUACCGAAGAGUCAGUCGAUUCCUGCGCCCAACACACACACACACACUUACACACACACACCCACACACACACCUCUCUCUUUUCUUGGUUGCAGGCGCUGGUUCAGUUCGACUACACGUUCCCCGAGACGGAGGAGGACAAGAAGUGGAUGGAGUCGGUGCAGCUGGCCUGCCACCUCAACUUCGCCGCUACCAAGCUGCACAUGCGGGAGUUCGACGACGUCAGGACACACACGCGUCUCGCACUCGACAUCGACCCAAACAACGUCAAGGCCUUCUUCAGAAGGUAGGUGCAACGAACAACACAUGGAAGCAGGUGCCUGCAGCCUCUGUAGGCGUGUCUGUCGUGUUGGUUGUGUCUGUGUUGUGUGCAGGGGCACUGCUUCCAUGAAGGAGGACAAGUACGAGGAGGCCGCGUCAGACUUUUCGCAGGCCCUCAAGCUGGAGCCCAACAACCGUGAGGUGCAGCAGGCCCUCCUCGCCCUCCAGCAGAAGCAGCGGCACUACCAACAGCAGUCCAAGAAGGUCAUCACCAAGAUGUUCACGGAAACGACUGACGACGACCAACACCAACAGACCGCCGCUGCUAACCACGCCCAAGCAGCAGCCCCCGCCCCCGUUGCCCCGCACAGCAACACCAUACUGCGGCCCAAGGCACCAACAGCGGAGCUCCAGCCGCCAUCCGAUACACCUGCCCCUACGAUGCCGGCAGAGCAAGCGACGGCGACUCAGCAAAACGAUGAGAGGAGGGAGAGUGACGCGAGAGUCCCACCUGUGACGGAGUCGAGUGGUCUGCGGCACCGGGGCGGCCGGGGCGGUGAGGAGGUGAUGCGGCAGCAGAGGGAGGGGGAGAGGCCUGCCAGCAGAGAGAGGGGGAGCAGGAAUCAGGCUGACACACGGAAGGCCGAAGCGGAGAGGGGAGGGCAGAUUGAGGUCUGUACGCAGCCAGCCACCAUACGCAGCGCCGCGAGGCCGACUCUGAUUGAUUUGAUUACGUCUGUGCGUUUGUCUGCAGAGUGGCGCCGGUGGUGGUGGCGAUUCGUUGGUGUUGAUAGAGGAGGUGGAGCGGUCGGUGAUGCGCAUCAUGGGCACCCUCCUGCUCUUCUCCGCCGCACUCACUCUCUCAUUCGGUCAGCCACCACACCCACACACGCGAGCGGCUGAUGCGUGGCUUGCUUGGUGUGUGCUGUGCUGUGCUGUGUCUUUCGUGAGUGCAGGCGUGUGGAUGCUGUGUCAGCAUGGGUAAAGUCAGACAGGGCAGACACUUUUUGCGUGGCUAUGUGAUGCGCGUGUGUGGCCUGGCCGGCCCACCCUGUCUGUCUGUGUGGGCUGGGCGCGUGUUGACAAGGCUAGCUAGGAUAGGUG